CACCCACUAGCGGGGAUCAGGAGUGCUAGCGCUACACCCACUAGCGGGGAUCAGGGAUGCUACACACCCACUAGCGGGGAUCGGAAUUCAUGACUAUAUCAGAGACAAAACCAUGUAGGAUUUACAGAAAAACCAGAAUUUCACAAUCAAUCCCGAAUUUGAGAACAAACCGGAAAAUUUCCAUGCAGGCAUGGAUUUAACAGAAAACUCAACAUUUACAAAAUUCUCAAUUCAUCAAAGCAGCUUUACCAUAAUUUACUUACCUCACUCGCACAGAACAGAAGACUAACCCAAGUGCUACGGUGAUAGAACGAUCAACACCAGGAAAUCCAGCCAAAAACCAGAGCUGCAGUUGGGGGAAGACCGACGGCAGUACAGGGGGAAACUCACGGCUUAGAAAAGCCCAAGAAUCGCACCCAACAGAAACGGCUCGCGGACAGGGGAAAAAGACUAGAGCAGAUUCAAGAUUUUCUGGGUCCAACAGGUGUUCUAAAACAAGGAAAUAGAGAGAAAUCCCUAAGCUUUGCCGAAUUUCCGGCCGGAAAAUGGGUGGCGGUGGCUGGGGAGUUCGUCGGGUGCAGAGGGUCGAGGGAGAGGAAGAGCAGGGCACGCGGUUGUCACGCCCCAUAACCCAAAUCCGGAGACGCGACAGACGCCGUGCACUCGUGAGACGAGUUCCACGAAUGCACAAGGCUCAAAACUUAUCCAAUUCAUAAUCUGAUACCACCAAAUCUCAAGAUAAAAUUUUUACAAUUUGCUCUGAUAUCAUAAAAUCUCUAAAUACACUCUAGCUUACAGAAUCAUAAUCUGUAUCUAAAAUCUAUAUCAAAUUCCAGGUGACUAGCCUUCUAACUCGUCACUCCCCUCGGUUUCCCCCAUCCUCAGUAUCGCUUCCUGAAAUGGUGGACAAGGAAAACUAUGAGAUAACUCAAUAAGUAAUUAUGGAUAGCCCUUGGGUAAAACUUUUAGCAUGCCAGAUAAACCAUGUAAGUAUAACAGAACUUUCACUGAUAAACCGUUAAUGCGGAAAUCAAAUUCGGUUCAAUAGCAAAACGUUCAAUGACAAAAUCGUCAAUGCAAAAUCAGAUUCAGUUCAAUAACAAAAUGUUUCCUGACAAACCGUUAAUGCAAAGUCCCGUUCAGUUCAAUAACAGUGUUUCAUGACAAACCGUUCAUGCAGAAUAAAUCUCAUCAGUAGUCUCAUCUAUAAGUCAUGGCCAGUGUUAUAACAACCCAUUGGCAGGCGACAGAAAUUUACCAAUGUAUUCGCCCAGAGGCAGGCGUCAGAACAAACCGGUCAUAUCAGUAAACAUGUCGACAUGUGCUAGCGUUACACCCACUAGCGGGGAUCGGAAGUGCCAGCGUUACACCCACUAGCGGGGAUCGGAAGUGCCAGCGUUACACCCACUAGCGGGGAUCGGAAGUGUUACACACCCACUAGCGGGGAUCGGAAGUGCCAGCGUUACACCCACUAGCAGGGAUCAGAAGUGUUACACACCCACUAGCGGGGAUCGGAAGUGCUAGCGUUACACCCACUAGCGGGGAUCGGAAGUG